AUGUCAGACUCUAAAGUAUACCGGUCCACCACGACCGCGCCUGUCAACAUUGCUGUGAUCAAGUACUGGGGGAAGCGAGACACGACUCUCAACCUACCGACAAACUCGUCUCUGUCUGUGACAUUGUCGCAACAGUCUCUACGCACCCUCACCACAGCCUCCUGUGCAGAUUCCUACUCCGGACCCGACUCUCUGAUCCUGAACGGCGAGGAAGAAGACAUUCAGUCGUCAAAACGGACACAAGCAUGCCUGAAGAAUCUGCGACAGCUGCGUGAGGAGAUAGAAGCCAAAGAUGCAUCGAUGCCCAAGCUAUCUAAAAUGAGCCUCCGGCUUGUGUCGGCCAACAACUUCCCUACCGCUGCCGGAUUGGCUUCGUCGGCAGCUGGCUUUGCCGCCUUGGUGCGUUCGAUCGCGGACCUCUACGAGCUACCACAGACUCCUCAACAGCUUUCUCUGAUCGCGAGACAAGGCUCUGGUUCGGCAUGCAGAAGCGUCAUGGGCGGCUAUGUGGCGUGGAGAUCAGGCACCAUGGAAGAUGGUUCAGAUAGUCUGGCAGAAGAGGUGGCACCGGUCUCGCAUUGGCCUGAGAUGCGCGCAUUGAUUCUCGUGGUCAGUGCGGACAAGAAAGGAGUGCCUUCGACCGCGGGUAUGCAGACUACGGUGGCCACGUCAAGUCUUGCUCCGGCGCGAUUCAAGGACAUUGUGCCAGCACGCAUGGCGGAGAUCGAAAAGGCCAUCCAUGACAAGGACUUUGAGACGUUUGCACGUGUCACGAUGCAAGACUCGAACUCUUUCCACGCCAUCUGUUUGGACUCCUGGCCUCCGAUCCAAUAUCUUACGGACGUCUCACGAGCCGCAAUUAAUGCCGUUGAGACAGUCAACCGCAAAGCCGGCAAAUUAGUCUGUGCUUACACUUUCGACGCUGGUCCAAAUGCUGUGAUCUAUUAUGUGGAAGAAGACUCGCACAAAGUGGCUGGUGUUUUCAAGAAUCAUCUACCCAAUGUCGCGGGCUGGGAUAGUGAGUUUGGUGCCGCCAUCAAGCCCAAUGAGACAGGCGGCCUCGAGAGCAAGACGGUCAUGACGCUGAAGAACGGCGUGAGUCGGGUCAUUUGCACAGCGGUCGGGGGUGGUCCGGAAAAGGUCGAUACACACUUGGUCGAUGAAAGCGGCAAGGCGGUCGAGGUAUAG